AUGCAGUUCACUCUCAAGGCUCUGUCCGUCCUCGCGGCCUCUCUCCUCUUCUCCGCUGUCUCGGCUGUCCCUCAAUGCCAGCCUGGAAACGCCUGGCCUGACGUCCACGACUGCCACAACUUCUACGAAUGUGCUGCUGGCGGCAUCCCAGUCCUCAAGACCUGCGGUCCCGGCACGGCUUACUGCCCUGUUACCGGUGUCUGCGACUACGAAUUCAAGAUCCCCUCUUGCCACCCCCGCGGCGCCAUCCCCAAGGGUCCUGAGCAUGACAAGUACCCCAAGUACCCCAAGGGUUCUGAGCAUGACCAGUACCGUGAGGGUCCUGAGCAUGACAAGGACCACAAGGGACCNCACAAGGGCUCUGAGCAUGACAAGGACCACAAGGGCUCUGAGCAUGACAAGGACCCCAAGGGUUCUGAGCAUGACAAGUACUCUGAGGGUUCUGAGCAUGACAAGUACUCUGAGGGUUCUGAGCAUGACAAGUACUCUGAGGGUUCUGAGCAUGACGAGUACUCUGAGGGUUCUGAGUACGGCAAGUACCCUGAAGGCUAUGGCUUCCCUGGUGCUCACGGCCGCACCGCUGGCAUGGGUCACUAA